AGAUCCGUGUAAGGCAAUAAGGCUUGUUCGGGAUCUACACUCUCUCGGAAUCCCACACCGCUGAUAUACAUUUCAGCUGUUUAUUCAAAUGUGAGUCUAACAAUAUCAAUUGCAUCACAUUGGGCUGCAUGUCUAAACAUGAUUGGUUUAUGUCGGCUGACGCCCCAUUGCAUGAUAUACUUUCCUGUUCGACAAAUUAUAUAUUUGAUUAACAGAAAGGGAUAGUAUUUCCUGAGAUAUCUUGGACCAUUCAAGAGAGUGUCAAGUGACCCGAUCAGCCUAUCCAAAUUCCAGCCAUGGGGACGGCCUCUGCUGAGUACCUGAUUCUUGAUAUGAAUGCAAAUGGGUCCAGUGGUGAAGGGAUGAGCCAAUCGAGAAAGAAGCACAUUGCAGAUGUGUUGAGAACAGAGGAACCUCUGCUAGUUUUCCUCCAAGAGUUCUUAUGGAAACAGCGUAUUCACACAUGGGGCAUGAAUGUUCCAGACCAUUUUAACAACAUAGGCGACAAGGAAGCAGGUUUCAUAUUUGAUGAGAGAAAAAUAGAACUUAUUAAUCCAUGUGAUAAAGAGACGUUUGAGAGGGAAAGGAUUAGCUUACUCAAUCAGAUCUUUGUUUUUACAAGACUUUGUGUCUAUAAAAUCAAAAGCAAAAAGGCUCCUAAUUUUGAGAUACUAUGUGCCAGUUGGCAUGGUCCUUAUAAGAUCACACAUGAGAGAAAGGAACGUGUCCUUGACCUGAUGCUCGAAUAUCUCCUGGGUCUGAAAGAAAAGGAGGGUAAUAUUCCAUUGGUGAUUGGGGGUGACUUCAACUUAGUGGCGUCUGUUGUAAGGAGCAGACUCCCAUCUAAUAGGGGUCUAGUGCUUCAACAAAUGACACCAAAUGACUAUAUAGAUAUGUUCAUCACAAGCUACGAUUUGGGGGAAAUGUUUAGCAUUUCACACUUUGAAACUAUGACAGAAAAUUCAGAAUUUGACCAUUUGCAUUUGAAAAUGAAAUUGUCAAACAUAAAUGACCCUGAACUGCCAACAGGUAACAAAGGGUCACAUGAAAGUUCAGGGGAUGAAAGCAAACAGGAAAUGAAACGGUCAGGUGAAAGUUCUGUAUUAAACUUGUCACAAUUUGAAAAGAUAAGAUCGCCAUCAGGGGAAGAAAGCAAAAGGGAAGUGAAAGAACAAGGUGAAAGUUCUGGACAAAACUCGUCAUCAGUGGAACAGAAAACAUCGCCAUCAGGGGAUGAAAGCAAACACGAAAUGAAAGGACCAGGUGAAAGUUCUGGGCAAAACUUGUCACCCGUGGAAAAGAAAACAUCGCCAUCAGGGGAUGAAAGCAAACAGGAAAUGAAAGGGCUGGGUGAAAGUUCUGGACAAAACUCGUCAUCAGUGGAACAGAAAACAUCGCCAUCAGGGGAUGAAAGCAAACAGGAAAUGAAAGGACCAGGUGAAAGUUCUGGACAAAACUUGUCAUCAGUGGAAAAGAAACCAUCGCCAUCAGGGGAUGAAAGCAAACAGGAAAUGAAAGGGCUGGGUGAAAGUUCUGGACAAAACUUGUCAUCAGUGGAAAAGAAAACAUCGCCAUCAGGGGAUGAAAGCAAACAGGAAAUGAAAGGGCCAGGUGAAAGUUCUGGACAAAACUUGUCACCCGUGGAAAAGAAAACAUCGCCAUCAGGGGAUGAAAGCAAACAGGAAAUGAAAGGACCAGGUGAAAGUUCUGGACAAAACUUGUCACCAUUGGAAAAGAAAACAUCGCCAUCAGGGGAUGAAAGCAAACAGGAAAUGAAAGGACCAGGUGAAAGUUCUGGACAAAACUUGUCAGCAGUGGAAAAGAAACCAUCGCCAUCAGGGGAUGAAACCAAACAGGAAAUGAAAGGACCGGGUGAAAGUUCUGGACAAAACUUGUCACCAUUGGAAAAGAAACCAUCGCCAUCAGGGGAUGAAAGCAAACAUGGAAUGAAAGGGUCGGGUGAAAGUUCUGGACAAAACUUGGAAAAGAAAACAUCGCCAUCGGGGGAUGAAAGCAAACAGGAAAUGAAAGGACCAGGUGAAAGUUCUGGACAAAACUUGUCACCAUUGGAAAAGAAAACAUCGCCAUCAGGGGAUGAAAGCAAACAGGAAAUGAAAGGACCAGGUGAAAGUUCUGGACAAAACUUGUCAGCAGUGGAAAAGAAACCAUCGCCAUCAGGGGAUGAAACCAAACAGGAAAUGAAAGGACCGGGUGAAAGUUCUGGACAAAACUUGUCACCAUUGGAAAAGAAACCAUCGCCAUCAGGGGAUGAAAGCAAACAUGGAAUGAAAGGGUCGGGUGAAAGUUCUGGACAAAACUUGGAAAAGAAAACAUCGCCAUCGGGGGAUGAAAGCAAACAGGAAAUGAAAGGGUCGGGUGAAAGUUCUGGACAAAACUUGUCACCAUUGGAAAAGAAAACAUCGCCAUCAGGGGAUGAAAGCAAACAGGAAAUGAAAGGACCAGGUGAAAGUUCUGGACAAAACUUGUCAUCAGUGGAAAAGAAAAGAUCGCCAUCAAUGGAUGAAAGCAAACAGGAAAUGAAAGGACCAGGUGAAAGUUCUGGACAAAACUUGUCACCAUUGGAAAAGAAAACAUCGCCAUCAGGGGAUGAAAGCAAACAGGAAAUGAAAGGGUCGGGUGAAAGUUCUGGACAAAACUUGUCAUCAGUGGAAAAGAAAACAUCGCCAUCAGGGGAUGAAAGCAAACAGGAAAUGAAAGGGUCGGGUGAAAGUUCUGGACAAAACUUGUCACCAUUGGAAAAGAAAACAUCGCCAUCAGGGGAUGAAAGCAAACAGGAAAUGAAAGGGCUGGGUGAAAGUUCUGGACAAAACUUGUCAUCAGUGGAAAAGAAAACAUCGCCAUCAGGGGAUGAAAGCAAACAGGAAAUGAAAGGGUCGGGUGAAAGUUCUGGACAAAACUUGUCACCCGUGGAAAAGAAAACAUCGCCAUCAGGGGAUGAAAGCAAACAGGAAAUGAAAGGGACGGGUGAAAGUUCUGGACAAAACUUGUCACCAUUGGAAAAGAAAACAUCGCCAUCAGGGGAUGAAAGCAAACAGGAAAUGAAAGGACCAGGUGAAAGUUCUGGACAAAACUUGUCAUCAGUGGAAAAGAAAACAUCGCCAUCAGGGGAUAAAAGCAAACAGGAAAUGAAAGGGUCGGGUGAAAGUUCUGGAGAAAACUUGUCACCAUUGGAAAAGAAAACAUCGCCAUCAGGGGAUGAAAGCAAACAGGAAAUGAAAGGACCAGGUGAAAGUUCUGGACAAAACUUGUCACCCGUGGAAAAGAAAACAUCGCCAUCAGGGGAUGAAAGCAAACAGGAAAUGAAAGGACCAGGUGAAAGUUCUGGACAAAACUCGUCAUCAGUGGAACAGAAAACAUCGCCAUCAGGGGAUGAAAGCAAACAGGAAAUGAAAGGACCAGGUGAAAGUUCUGGACAAAACUCGUCAUCAGUGGAACAGAAAACAUCGCCAUCAGGGGAUGAAAGCAAACAGGAAAUGAAAGGACCAGGUGAAAGUUCUGGACAAAACUCGUCAUCAGUGGAAAAGAAAAGAUCGCCAUCAGGGGAUGAAAGCAAACAGGAAGUGAAAGGACCAGGUGAAAGUUCUGGACAAAACUUGUCACCUGUGGAAAAGAAAAUAUCGCCAUCAGGGGAUAAAAGCAAACAGGAAAUGAAAGGGCCAGGUGAAAAUUCUGGACAAUAUAUACCUGUCACCAGUAGAAAGGAGACAUCACCAUCAGGGGAUGAGUGAGUGAGUGAGUUUUUUUACGCCGCUUUUAACAG